AUGAGUGAAUUUCAGCCUUCCUGUCAGAAUGGUACACCAGGCUUGUUUAACAGAUCUUGGAGUGAAUGGCACCAUUACUAGGUGACUGGUGCAGAGACAGUCAUCCUUCCCUCUCUGACUGCGAUUAUCUGUAUAACAGGUUUAGUUAGAAAUAUCCUCAUUGUGUUCACUAUAGUAAGAACCCAGAGGAAAACUAUACCAGAUAUCUACAUCUGCAAUCUAGCUAUAGUAGAUUUGGUUCAUAUCACUGGCAUGCCCUUUCUCACUCACCAGUGGGCAUGUGGAGGAGAGUGGGUUUUUGGCAGCCCUCUUUGCACCAUCAUUACCUCCCUGGACACAUGUAACCAGUUUAUGUGCAGUGCCAUUAUGACCACAAUGAGUUUGGACAGGUAUACGCUUUAUCUUACUAUAACAACUUUCUUUUUUCCUUUACCACUGAUAUAUAUUUGCUAUAUUUUAAUUUUAUGUUACACAUGGGAGAUGUAUCAGCAAAACAAGCAAGCAUGAAGCUACACCACCAGUAUCCCCAGGCAAAGAAUCCUGAGGCUCACUAAGAUGAUGCUUGCUCCAGUCAGCGUGUUUGUGGUAAGCACUGCCCCAUUCCAUGUGAUCCAGCUCAUGAAUCUUCAUGUUUCUCAACCAACACUGACAUUCUAUGUCAGCUACUACAUCUCCAUCUGUCUCAACUACACCAGCAGCAGCAUUAAUCCCUUUCUCUACAUCCUGUUUAGUGGGAACUUCCAGAAGCAUCUCUGGCAAUGCACAAAUGUGGAAGUCAGGAUGGCAGACCAGGAUGACAAUGUCAUUGAAAAGACCCUCAAGUCAAAUAGUUGA